AUGGAGACCAAUGCAAUGGAUAGAGUACCCGAACCAGAAUCUUGGAGACGUCGUUGUGGAUGUUUACGGACGAGUGACAAGUUGAAACACAUCCUCAACUGUUUCCCGGGCCCACCUCCGCCCACACCAGAUAAUAAAAAUAAUAAUAAUCAUAAUAAUAAUCUGGGAACCACUUGCAUAUCUGCAUAUUGUACGAACGUACAUCAAACGAGAAUGGGCAUGCCGAAUUCUUGCAUGGACUCCCUACACGAUUAUGAUGUUUCCGACGAAAAGGCUCUGAAAAAGCAGUCGAACGAAAAGUCAUGGAGAGUGGUUGGUGAAGUGGUACAAUUAAUUCAACUAUCAGUGACAGCCACGGCCCUGGCUCUCUACUACCUCAUCUACUGCUACAUGCAGGUCAUAUAUUACACUUUGAGAAGCGCCCUCUACUUCCAUAAUGCUGAUGGAUCAAUUAUUGUCCUUGGACUUCUCUGUAUGCACCCAGCAUACUCAGUGUUACCACAUCCACGGCUAGACUCAGCUGAGUCUACAGAACAGUCUACUGAGUCUACGUUACCUGGAGACUUACACGAAGGUUCGGGAGAAGAUCCCACUGGACCCCCCGCGAAUAAGAAUGAGACCAGGGAAGCCCUUAAAUCAGAUGGAAGUGAGCAAGACCCAGUAGUGUUUCUAUCUGAUAAGAAUAGUUACAUCCCAGUUAGCAUCAAGCCAAGAUCACCAGUCGAUUCCAGUUGGAGGGAGCCACCGGCGUGGGAGAGGGAAUACAGAAGACAUCGCACUAACGGCAGUAGAGUACAAUACAUUGAAGCGGAAUGCCAAGACGACUUCAUGAAGAUCCGAGUCGGUUUCAACGGGUCGUUUAGCGGUCUUGUUUAUUCAGCUGGCUACUCCUACGAUCCUGACUGUAUGUAUAUAAACGGUUCUGGUCGUGACUAUUACGAGUUCUACAUACAACUGAACCGAUGUGGAACCCUGGGAAGAAAUGGACAACACGAAGACACAAGGAAACAUCCAGCCAAGAAUCUGAUGUGGAACACCAUAACAGUUCAGUACAAUCCACUGAUUGAAGAAGAAUUGGAUGAACAUUUUAAAGUCACCUGCGAAUAUGGAUACGACUUUUGGAAAACUGUAACCUUCCCUUUCCUGGAUGUUGAAGUGGCGACAGGCAAUCCGGUAGUAUUCACUCUGCAGCCUCCAGAAUGUUAUAUGGAAAUAAGAUCUGGCUAUGGAGCGACCGGAGCAAGGGUCACUGGACCAGUGAGAGUCGGAGAUCCCCUGACUUUGCUCAUCUACAUGAGAAGCUCGUAUGAUGGUUUUGAUAUAGUCGUCAACGAUUGUUUCGCUCACAACGGGGCUGCGAAGAGAAUACAACUUAUAGACGAAUAUGGAUGUCCCGUUGAUGAUAAACUUAUAUCUCGUUUCCGCGGCUCUUGGUCGGAAUCUGGCGUGUUCGAAACUCAGGUUUACGCGUACAUGAAGACAUUUAGAUUCACAGGAUCACCCGCUUUAUAUAUUGAAUGCGACGUUAGGAUGUGCCAUGGGAGAUGUCCGUCACAACCCUGUCAUUGGCGUAACAUGAAGAAUGUAAAGAAACGUUCUGUGGAAGCGGAGACGGCUAGCGUGGCGCCGCGUCUGUCAGAAAACAUCUCUCUCUUUCAGUCAUUACGAGUUCUGCAGGAGGGGGAAGAGGACGAAGAUAUGGCACGAGCUGGUAUGUUCAAUGCAGCUGAAGGACAGACAUGUAUGAAGACGUCAGCGCUCUCCGCCAUGAUAGUGUCUUGUAGUGUGCUCGUGGCAGCUCUGCUGGUAGCUCUGCUUGUAGCCGCUAGAGGAUGGCGGCAAAGUGAGAAAAGAACGCCAAUACACGCUUAUGUACCACACAAGGGAAGAAUAAAAUAA